CGACUGCCAAUAUGUGAAGUUUAAAAAAAAUCAACAGCAAUUCGUACCGACCCUGAUGGUCAAGUUGGGGGAUUCUUCAUCAUCGCUGUAAACCCUUUCUCGUCAUACUAGCCGUAAACAAACGAAAAGUCUCACAGCCACCGGCAUCUGUACCACCUUUUUGGAAUCUUGGAUAGUGGCUUCCGGCCUUGUCUCCGGACCACCCGGCCACCCGGCCAUCUUCCGAACCCCCACCGACCGUCACGGUCCGGCAGCCAACAGUUUCGGCCGGCCCCGUUUCCAUGUUUUGAAGCUGGGCUAUUGACCUCACAGCAUGACAACCAGCUUUAGCAAAGCAACCAACUUCCGCAGCAACCAACCUCCUCAGCAUAACAACAAAUGCCAGCAUCAAAACAACCAACUUCAUCCAAUAUGCCGCCAAUAUCAGACGAGUGGGAGCUUCCACGCCUGCGUAGCUCAUUUCAGCUGCACGAAGAUGCCGUGAGGGACGAGGAUCUUGCCGAGUUCUUCGACGUCAAAUUCUACCCCUACAACCCACCAGGCGCACCCCCAGUGUUCGCGGCCACAAGCAAGAAGCAUGUCGUCGUCGUCCGCAUGGUGCCAACCACAGACAAGGACCAGAACCCUUGCAAAGUCAUCCAAAUGAUCAGAGAUGCCGACUCAGGCGCCAACAACUACACGUGCUGUUGGUCCAAGGAUCCAGACACGGAAGAUCCCUGGCUGUGUGUGGCCGGCAAAGAUGCCAAGAUCAAGGUGUAUGAUAUCAGGAGAGGAAAGCUCGUCAAGACGCUGGUCGGUCACGGCGGCGACAUCAGCGAUCUUGCGACCUCUCCAGCGUGUCCUACUACCAUAGCCUCUGCCUCAGACGACACGACUAUUAAGCUUUGGAGUCUGGCAAAGGAACAUGACAAGCAGCCAUGUAUCUGCAUUUUGGGAGGCGAGGGGCAUCAGUACAACUUGCUGACUGUGGCGUUUCACAACAAUGGAAGAUAUGUCUUGUCUGCUGGGCAUGAUCAGAUUAUCAAUCUUUGGGCCCUUCCCGAGUUCCCAAAGGAACACAUUAACGUUCCCAUCGUCCUCCACUAUCCUCAUUUCUCCUCCUCCGAAGUCCACAACAAUCUCGUCGACUGCGUAGCCUUCUAUGGCGACUUGAUCCUCUCCCGCGCCUGCCACGAAGACACCAUCGUCCUCUGGCGAAUUGAAGGUUUCUCCUCCGACGAUCCUAUCCCCGGCCCCCUUGACGCUCCCACACCAACCGACAUGGCCAAGCAAACCCGGUCAUACUUCAACCCUAUCCCUUCCAAAGCCCGCCCGGCCAUGUUCACCCGUCUAGCGCAAUUCCACACCCCUGAUUGCGGUGUCCAGUUCUAUAUGCGCUUCCGAAUGUUCCACGCCGAGGGGAGGCAUCCCAUCUUGGCAUUUGCCAAUGCAAAGAGCAAGACCAUGUUUUGGGACUUUUCACGGUUUGGGGGGUAUAGGGAUUUUAUGGAGGAGUUGGAAGAAGCCAGAAAGUCGGGAAGUGGACAGGCGGUGCAGAAGCCGAGUUGGCUGUUGAUCAAGAGAGCGAAGAAGGGGACCGCCGCGCCGGCACACCAGGAUGCGGCGGCUAGUUUGAGGGCUGCUGCUGGGGAUAAGGAGUCGAUGGUUUCGGCUAGUCCCGACCCGGAGGGGGGCGGGAGUGCGAUGGCAACGUUGGGGAAUUAUAAUCAGGAUACGCUGAAUCACUGGAAGGAGAUGUAUGACUUGUCGAACCCAGCGGGUUUGAUCAGGCCGCACAAGGUGCAGGGGGUGGACGGUUCGUUUGUGGGGAGGCAGGUGGGUUGGAGUCCGGGAGGGGAAUGGUGUGUGGUGGUGGGGAAUAAGAAUAGGGCUUUGAUUUACCAGCGGGGGGCUAGGGAGAAGGGGGUUGCGACGCCUGUUACCUAGUUGUAUUGAUGGGUGGUUUUUUACAGUGGAUUGGUUAUUUUUGUCUGCUUCGAUCUAGACUAUCCUGCUGGUAGAGGUUCAAGCAUGGGGUUGUGGCGGGUGGACUGAGAUGGAUGUUGGGUUAUGAAUAAUCAUGGAUUGGGAGAGUUGGACGAUGGAUGUACAUUUAUGUAUUCCACUCUGACUAGCUGUUUACACUAGCCAGCUUUUUCUAGGGCCAUGGCUGAGACACCGACACAUGUUGCUACCUGUACUCGUAAUGAACAAAUCCAGAGAAUCACGCCGGCAUAGAAGAAAAGAAUUGCAGUUGCGGCCCU